GCAGAUACAGAUACAGAUACAGCUACAGCUACAGCCAAAGUAUCGCAGUGUAGCUUUUGUUCUUGCGUCCGCUUUUGAAAUUCAAAUGCGCUUCCGUCGCUUCAGUUGGCAAUCGAGUGUCGACUAGGCUGUACCGUCUGCUGCAGUGGCAUCCAAAUCCAUUUACAUUUACAUUUACCCUGUGUAUCUGCUGAAUUGACGUGAUUUUAGUGAACCGUAUACGUGUGUCUUCUCGGUGCAGUUUUCCACAUCCAUAAGCUUCUACGCUACGAAGAACUAUAGAACAAGACAAGGAAAAAGCGUACAAACAAGAAACAAAUACAAAAAAUAAAUAAAAGACUGAGCAACGUUCAAGCAAAUCCAAGGAACAAAACCAACAGCAACAUAAGCAAUCUCCCACACUAUUUGUCUCUCUAUAACUGUGAAACUAGGAACGAAAAAUCCGAGUGGAAAAUAGCGCAACUUUGAUCUCAGCACCCGCAACGCGAAGCAAUAACAGAAAAGCCAGCGCCUUCUACCGCCGGAUCAGCCGCAUUAACCCCGUAUAAUGUUAAGCAGCCUCGCCUCGUAUCUCUUUGGAUCGCCAGCAACAUCCGAAUCCAUUAGCCAAGACGCCAGUCCCGCCCAGACAACCCCAACGCCCAACAACCACAACUCCAAUCCCGACCCCUCGAGCGAUCCGUCGGCGGGCGAUGUAAUUGAGGUCACCUCCUCGACGCCCUCGGUAGCGGGCAACAAUCGGGGGGCGGUACGCGCCUCCAACGGCAAGCGCGGCAAGAACAGGCGUGGCAAGCAGCAGCGGACCAUUCAGCAGCAGCAGCAGCAGCAGCAGCGGAAGCAGCCGGCCAUCACCAAGCUACUGACGCCCUCGGGCGACUCCAUCGACGAGGACUUCGACGAGGACGAAUGGUACAUUGUGGAGAAGGAAGACGAGGAGGACGACUCCCUGCCGCGCAGCGACUCCGAGGAGGAGCUCUCCGUGGUGGAGGUGUCGCAGUCGCGGGCCGGCGCCACCGCCUCCUCAGCGGGCUCCUCGGCCGGCGGCCAUGGCCCAGCGGCCGCCUCCCAGCGCCGCCGGCAGCACCUCAACUCGCACUCGCAUUCGCAUUCCCUGUACAGUGGGCCGCGGCCGCAGCAGCAGCGCAACUAUCUGCAACGCUCGCGCGUCGUUCGGCCGCUGAGCAUCAGUACCCACAGCCCGCCCAGAAGUGUGCCCGCCCAGGGAGUGGCGGACUCUGACAACCUCAGCCAGUCGCUGUACGUGGCCUCGCCCAGCGGCAGCGACCAGGGCCAAGGUCAAAGUUCAAACGCGGGCCUCGGUUUCGGCCAGGGUACUAAUGUGCUGAUGGAGGAGUCCUGGUACGUAACACCGCCACCAUGCUUCACCUCGAUUGGGCCAAUCAAUAUGGAAACAUCACCAUUUGAGAAUCUAUUGAUUGAGCAUCCAAGCAUGUCCGUUUAUCGUAGUAUUAGGUCCACCCAGGAGGGCACCGAAAGUUUUGUUAAUCUUGAUCUCGGGGUGUCGUCGGAGGUGCCGCAGCAGCAGCAGUUGGAGGAUCCGGAGCCGGAGGCCGAGCCGCAGGACCAGCACCAGGUCCUCCAGGAGCAGCGUUCGCCCAACGCUCGCUACGAUCGCCAUGCGGCUGCCCAGCUGAAGCAGCAGACGCUGGCUCGUCAGAGCCAGAAGAGCAACAAUAAGAAGCAGCACCAGCAGCUCUGCCGCAGUGCCAUCAAGCGGGCCAACAAGGUGCGCGACUUCCAGGCCAAGGCCAACCGCCCGCGCCGCUCGGAGAUGCAGCACUGCAAGCUGGUCAGCGGCGCCAACAACAACCGCAGCAAGUGCUGCUACUAAGCACGCAACACCCACUGCAAUCGCUGCACCACCCACCACCACCAACACCCACACGCCUCCCACGCCCACAAGCUGGAGGAGCAUUACAAUCAUGGCAGGCGACGCGAUUUUAAUUAGUAUUUUAACUUAACCC